AUGAUAUAAGAUUCAUUAUUUGCUGAAUCCUUUUGGAAUCCAAUUUCACUUACUUCAUUUUCAACAGACGAUGAUUAUAAUGUAAAUUUUUCGAUUUCCAUUAAUAUAGGUGUUUUAAUUAUACUCUGCAAACACCCCAGUAGUAAUAAGAGUCAUCGCUGGGUAAUUAUUAGCCAGUAGUUAAUAAAUGGAUUUAUUACAAACAUACAUUACAUUAGAUGAGAAAGGAGUAACACUUUAAAAUCAAUUUGGAUAAAUUACAUAUACAGGGCCAUAAUUAUAGUAGUUUUAUGAACUCAUUAAUAAAUAUUGUAUACAUUUAGAUAUCCAUAAUCAUUACUAAAUUGAGAAACAAACUCACUAAUUAGAUAAUUUUGAGGUAUAAUUAUUUUAUACAAUUAGAUUUUUCAAUCCAGAGAUAAAAUGACUGCUAUUUAAAAAUCAAUAAAAAAGUAUUCAAAAAAAUUAGGAAAAUAGUAUUUGAAAGACAUCCUUAACUACUCAAAUUAUGAAUAUUUAUUUGAAGAUGACUAAUAUUUAUAUUUGGUCAUGUCAUCCUUAAAUGGACAUAAUAUUAAUAAAUUAGCUUUCGAACAAUCAUUCUUUGGAUUACUCAAGCUUUUAUACAAAUAUCAUAACUAAGGAUUAGUAUUAAAUUAUUUUUCUGUAAUUAUAUUAGAUUUAUUUAGGAAUCAAAUAUCAUUUUAUUAGAUGAAAAUUAUAAUAUGGAAAUACUGGAUAAUUCUUAUCUUAAAAGAAUUACCUAAGAUUAUCAAAAAGAUAUAUUGUAAGAUGUUUAAAUUAUCAAAAAUUAUUUAAUUUAAUAGUAAGUUAACUAAUAUUUUUCAGAUUUCCCCACAAAUAAGAUGUCUUAUUAGAUGUUGUUAAUACCAAUAUUCACUCAGUCCAAGAAUUAUUAUUUAAUUCACAUUUUAUCAAUUACUUUGGAGAGAGAAACUUUUUUUUGUUUUUAAAUACAUAACCAUAUUAACAGUUAAAUUUUCUCUCUUCUAAUCCAUAAUUAAAUUUACUUGAAACAUUUAAUACUAUUAGAUCAAGUAUUAUGGAUUCAUCUGAUGAAUCAGAAGAUAUCUAAUUAUUUAAUCAGUUUAAUUUUAGUCAAUCAUAAUUCGAAGACUCUCCAAUGCUCUCUCCUUAAUUGAAACCUAAACAUCAAUCAAGAUUAUCAAGUAGAUAAGUAGUGUUAGAAACUCUAUUAAAUGAACACAUUAUUACACCUGAAUAAUUCUAACAGUUUUAUAAAGAAGAAGAUUUUUAAAAUGAGCAAGAAAUUAAUGAAUUUAGUGAGAUGCUCUCUAAGGAAAUUCAAAAUUCCUAAUUAACAACUCCAAUUUAAAGUGAUGUAAGUGAAUAAAUUUAUUAUUAUUAGUCUACUGCUACAUGUCCUAAUACAGUCAUUAUUCACUCUAAAAAAAAUGUUGUUAAUCGCAUUUGCGAUAUAAUACAUGAGGCUAAAUAAGAAUUUAUUUAUGCAACUAAAAAACCGUAUAAUGUUAAUAAAGUUUUGAACGUAAGGAAGAAUCUAUUCAAUUUGCAUUGA